UCUUGCUGAAAACUAUUUUAAGUGCUUGCUGAACAUUGCUUGCUGAACAUUGGCAUACUGAACAUUGUGUGAAAAAAGGGAAAAUUGGCAUACUGAACAUUGCUUGAUGCUAUCUGAUUCUGGCCAUAGUCUGUAGUGUCAUUUUCCUAUGUAAAGUUUCCAUUUAUUUGAUUCCUUUUUAAUGCUGAUUUUAAUGCUGCUAGGUGUGUAUGUUGCUGCUACUUCCUGGAACUUGAGCACCUGACCUGAUCUUCCUCGACCCGGAGCAACGCCACCGUCCCUCUUCUUCCCCUGAGCGACGCCGCCGUCCCUCUUCUUCCUCUCCGCCGGCGACGCCUUGCGCUACCACCCCUCCCCUUCUUCCUCUCCACCGGCGACGCCCUGCGCCCUGCACCAGAUCCCACCGCGCAGCACUAGUUGUUGCACGCCGCGCCGCCCUGACCUCCACGCGCACCUUGGAGCAGCAGCUGGAGAAGCACGCCGCGCCGCCCUCGACCGCUGACGCCGCCGCAGAGGACCGCCGCCGCACUUGCAGACAGGAUGGCCGGUCCCGGUGGCCGGCGAGGCGGUCGAGGCCGCGGUCCUGGGCGCCCCCGGGGCCGGGGAAGGGGCCGCCGCGGUGGAGCAGCAAGGGCCCCACGGUCACCGUCACCUGCAUCCUCCUCGUCUUCGGAUGAGGAACGCUGCUUCGAGUUCCUCCUCCGCAUCGACGACGACCCACUCGGCAUCAAGAGGCUACCGGACAAGUUCGCCGAGUUCGUCGACGGCGUCGAGCCGGCGCACUUGCAGCUACGGGAGGCAGGCUGCAACUUCUGCCGCUGGUCCGUGGAGGUCCUGUUCGACGGGCAGGGCAAGAUGUACCUGCACACGGGGUGGGACAAGUUCGCCCGUGACCUCCACCUCGAGCCCGGCUGCCAGCUCACCUUCCUGUACGAGGGGGACGGCGAGAUGAUCGUCAAGGUGUUCGACGACACCGCCUGCCGUGUGCACUACCCCCACACCGGCGAAUCCGGCUCGGACACCGAUAGUUAG